AUGAGCGCGGUGCGCGAAUACCCCAACGAUCCGCUUUGCGCCGACGGCGGCGCGCGCCCCUUCUCGGGGGAAGCGGAGGGCGCUGACGUGUUCCGCGUGGUCAUUGUCGGCGCGGGGCCGGCGGGCCUGGCGCUGGCGAAUUACCUGCUGGCACGUGGCGGCGGCAGGUUCCACGUCAGCGUGAUUGAAAAGGGCGUAGAUCCGCGCGCGGAGGUUGAAGAGGCGGCGGAGAUCGCGCGCCGGUACGCCAUGGGGCUGAGCAUUCGCGCGAUGCACUGCCUGAUGGCUAUUCCGGGAGUCAUGCACAAGGUGCAGCCAGUGCUGGUGAACCCACACGAGAUGGUCAUGCCUGCCUUCGGCCGCCUCAUCAGGUUCUCAGUGCCCAAGGACCCCCCUCAACGCCUCGUCUCUCGCACGGACCUUUGUGCCACUCUGCUUGACGCGCUUACCGAGAGAGCUACUAAGGGGUACAAACCUGCGACCGCAAGUGAAGAAAUUUCUGAUGAGGAUAGGGGGAAGACUAGUGCUGAGGAACAGAAGCACCUGAAGAAACACCUGAGCAAGCACCUGGCAGUGUAUUUUGAGUCAAGGAUUGUGGAUGUGGAUAUGAAGGGCCACGUGGUCACUGCUUCAGUGCCUUGCAGCAGUGGCAGUGGCAGUGGAGACAGCAGCAACAGUGGCAGCAGUAACAGCAGCGGCAGCAGCACCAGCAGCAGCAGCGCAGGUUGCAGCAGUGGUGAGAGCAGCAACAGUGGUGACAGCAGCAAUGGGGGUGGUGGCAGUGGCUUGGAGAACGUUGAGAUCAAAUUUGACCUUUUGGUGGGGGCGGACGGGGUGCGUUCCUAUGUGCGCAACCUGUUGGUUGCACGCACGUGGGAUUUCCCCGUACACACGGACCGUGUGUAUCACGACUGGACUGUUGUCAGCAUACCCGUGCCGCCCGCCCUCACACCCACCUCUCUCUUCUUCACUGCGAAGGUCACCAACACAAAAAACAUCGGGGCGGUGGCAAUGCCGCAAGUGGGCGGCGAGAUGUGUCUGGUGUGGGGGUGGAAGUCCACCGACCCGCCUCUAGACUGGCUCUCCCUCGCCUCCCCGGCUGCUGCCAAACAAUACCUCGAUGAGAGAUUGCCCUGGCUGGAUGUCCCUGAGGAAGCUGCCUGGAAGCUGCUGAAGCAGAAGCCAAGGACGAGCAUGCAGGUGAAGUGCUGGCGCUACCAUGACAGUGACGCCCAGGUGGCCCUGAUAGGCGAUGCAGCGCACUCCACGCUGCCCUCUCUAGGCCAGGGCUGCAACGCCUCCAUCACGGACGCGCUCGUGCUGGGCAGGUUGCUGCUGGGGGAGGCGGUAUCUGAGAACGACAGGGUCCCCCGCCCCCUGGGCAAGGAUGGCGCUGCUGCUGCUGCUGCUGGUGGGGAUGGAGGGGCAAGCAUAGAUGUACCAGAGGUUGAGGAGUUGAGGGCAGGCCUUGCAGCCACUCUCUCCCGUUAUUCCGCUCUCCAGGUCCGUGCCCUCAGUUGUCACAUGGGUUUUCAUUCACUCUAUGCACUCCCCUCCCUGCUGGUCAUUGUUUUCAAUGAGUCAAGAGCCUGA